CCGCCGUUAAAAUCACAAAGAAGAUUCAUUUCGAAGUGUUUCUUCCCUCAAGGACGGCUGGAUGUUUUUUUUUUUAAUGACUAUAGAUUAUAAGUCCAUGAUGUCCCCAUACUAAGGGUCAUGGCAGGAGGAGUCGUGCUGAGAGGGAUAGCCCACGCAGCUCCAAGAAACCUUUCCUUCACCUGCUCAUCGACCGAACUGAGGCGGAUACUUCUUUCUGGUCCUGUGGACCAGCUGGCCAGAUCCUCAACUACAAGUGUACCAGCUAGUGUACCAGCUACUAGUGUACCAGCUACAAGUGUACCAGCUACAAGUGUACCAGCUACAAGUGUACCAGCUAGUGUCCUAGCUAGAAGUGUACCAGCUAGUGUACCACCUACAAGUGUACCACCUACAAGUGUACCAGCUAGUGUCCUAGCUAGAAGGACACCAGCUACAAGUAUACCAACUGCUAGUGUCCUAGUUAGAUGUGUACUAGCAAGAAGUGUACUAGCAAGAAGUGUACCAGCAACAAGUGUCCUAGCUAGUGCCCUAGCUAGGAGUGUACCAGUUAGAAGGCUCCACUUGGACACCUCACAUUGUGCGGGACAUAACAAGUGGUCCAAGGUGAAACACAUCAAAGGACCGAGGGAUGAAGCCCGUGGCAAAAUGUUUAUGAAGUAUGGCAUGAUGAUCAGAAUAGCAGUGAAAGAGGGGGGGCCCAACCCGGACUUUAACGCCACUUUAGCCCAAAUAUUGGAGCAAUGCCGCGGUCACAACAUGCCCAAGGCCUCCAUCGACGCCGCCAUCAAGAACGCGGAGAAGGCUAAGACCGGCACCCAGCACACGUACGAAGCCCGGGGACCGGGGGGAUUUGCGUUGCUCAUCGAGGUCCUGACCGACAACAACACUCGCACCAACCAGGAAAUCAAACACCUGCUGAAAACAAACGGGGGGGUGCUGUCGGACGGGGCCCGUCACACUUUUGACAGGAAAGGAGUGGUCGUGGCCGAGGCCGGAAGCGUCUCCCUCGAAGAGGCCCUGGAGCUGGCCAUCGAAGCGGGGGCAGAAGAUGUCCGGGAGAUGGAGGAAGAGGAGGAGAGGCCGAUGCUGCAGUUCAUCUGCAGCCAGGCAGAGUUGAGUUCUGUGAGGGCUUGGCUGGAGAGCCGAGGAGGAAUCCACAUUGUGUCUUCGGGACUGGAGUUCGUGUCCCACACACCGUUGCUGCUGGAGCGCAGUCAGCUGGAGGCGGCCUCCGUUCUGCUGGAGGCCCUGAACGACUGCCCUGACGUGCUGCGGGUGUGGGACAACAUCCAGGCUGAACAUUGAACACUGUGACACCCAACCUCACCCAUGUAGGGUGCCACUGUCCACAUCGCAGCCUUCACAGGGUGCCUUCAUCCCAACCUCCAUCGGCUUACCUGUAUCCCAACCUGAUGGUGUGAGACAACAUCCAGGCUGAACACUGAAACACUGGGACAUAGUUUACCUAUAGGGUAUCUACAUAAUAAUGUAUAAUAAUAAUAAUGAAUUGCAUUUAUGAUGUGCUUUUAUCAGUUAGGGAUUUGUGAUUGCUGUAUUAAAAUAAAUACACGUACAAAGUU